CAAUUUCACUCAGUUUUUUAAUUCUGUAUCGUUGGAACCUCAUAGUUUAAUCGUUGUCUGCCGUGGUAGCAUCUGAGCGAUUGAUUUUGAGAGUUGGAAAAAAAAACGUUUGUUUUGUAUUUAUUUUGCUACAAUUUUCGUGUCGCUUUAAAUAUUUCACUUUGGAAAAACGUUUUCUUUAAAAUUGAAUUAUUUCUUUUGAUCGGAAUUUAAAUUUAAUUUUUGUUGGAAUAUCAGCAGUGUUUUUUUGUGAGUUUUUGGUGUUUGAGUUUUAUUGUUAAUUGACAAUGGGGAAACGGAAAGGUAAAAAAGAAGGACAACUGGAGACUGGAUUGAAGGGAAGAUCAGGCUUAGUUGUGGUAGCUGCUAUCAUAUUAAAUGGGACAAUUUUGUUUUUGAAACUAGCUGUCUGGCAAUACACAGGUUCACAUAGUAUGUUCGCAGAAAGUAUACAUAGCGCCGCAGAUACUGCAAAUCAAAUAAUUUUAGCCUUUGGUAUUCAUAAAUCAGUAAAAAAUCCCAAUCCGAAGCAUCCGUACGGAUACUCGAAUAUGCAAUACAUUUCAUCGUUGAUAUCUGGUGUGGCCAUUUUCUGUGUCGGCACCGGUUUCUCAUUCUAUCACGGUAUCAGUGGAUUGCUACAUGAAACACCGAUAGAAGAUUAUACGUGGGCGUAUAUUGUUCUCGGCGGUUCAUUUUUCUUUGAAUCCAUCACAUUGGCGAUGGCCGUUAUCUCAAUACGUAGAUCAGCAAAGGAAACCGGGGUUUCGUUUUUGAAAUACGUUCAAAGUGGGCAAGAUCCAUGCGUAAAUGUUGUGUUAUUUGAAGACACUGCCGCUGUUUGCGGUGCUGCAGUGGCAGCAGCUUGUAUUGCUCUAACAGCAUACUUACAAACAUCGAUGCCUGAUGCAGUCGGCUCGUUGUUGGUCGGUUGUAUGUUGGCUGCAGUCUCAACACUCAUCAUUCAUACCAGUGUACCAGCAUUAGUUGGCCGAUCAAUUAAAUUGGACCAGCUCGAUAAAAUCAAUGCUGAAUUGGAAAGCGACUCGAUUAUCAAAUCUAUUCAUGAUGUGAAGGGUAUUGAUAUGGGUAGCAAUAUGAUUCGUUACAAGGCUGAAAUUGAUAUUAAUGGACGCGAAUUGUCCAGAUUAUACUUAGAAACCAAAGAUUUGAAUGCUUUAAUAGUGGAAGUACAAAAGUUCAACUCCAUCGACGAAUUGCAAGAGUUUAUUUUGCAUCAUGGCGAAAAUAUCGUCGAUAUGAUGGGAGAUGAAAUAGAUAGACUGGAGAAGAAACUAUCGUCCAAGUUCCCGAAGGUGCGUCAUAUAGACUUGGAAUUGGAGUAAAGCCUUUACCAAAUGAUAUUGUCAAAACCAAUGGUAUAUAAAGUUGAGGAGAUUUUAUUGUUGUUUUUUGUCGGUGUAAAAAUAAUUAUAAAUCGAAUCCACUCGAAUGCAGAAGCUAAAAAUUAAUUUUAAGUUCGCAAGAUUUACAUUUAUAGAAUAGACAAGUAAGAUGAGUAAGUUUUCAAAGAA